CACCCGCGGUGUCCGCGUUGGGGUUGUCGGCACCCGAAGCCCAGGCUGUGAGGUGUCCCGCGUGGAUCCCGCGUGCCGCUGGGAGCUGUCGAGCGGGACCUGCGGACGGCGAGGAGUGGCUCCCGGCCCCGACGCCAGCCGGCUUGCACGAUGGUCCAGCUCACUCCCCUCCUUUGCAAGGCCUACCAUGGGGGACACUUAACCAUCCGCCUCGCCCUGGGUGGCUGUACCAACCGGCCUUUCUACCGCAUCGUGGCUGCUCACAACAAGUGCCCCAGAGAUGGCCGGUUUGUGGAACAGCUAGGCUCCUAUGACCCGCUGCCCAACAGCCACGGAGAGAAAAUCGUUGCCCUCAACCUGGAGAGGAUCCGGCACUGGAUUGGCUGCGGGGCCCACCUCUCCAAGCCGGUGGAAAAGCUCCUGGGUCUGUCAGGCUUUUUCCCUCUGCAUCCCAUGAUGAUCACUGGUGCUGAGAGACUACGAAGGAAACGGGCCCGUGAAGUCCUCAUAGCGUCUCAGAAGACGGACACAGAGGCUGCCGAAGCGGAAGCGAGUUGACUUUGAUGGACACAACAAUGGGAGCAGCAGGUCCACGGUUGUCCCUAAACACCUAUGCAGAACCCUGAAUUCUUUGAUUCGGAGGUUAAUAAAUGGAGUUUCUGAGUUACCGGA